GGGCCCAGUCGUAGCGGGGUCGUGGCAUGAAGCUCCCGAGGUACUGCCUCUUCGGGGACACCCGUCAACACACCGCCUCGAGAAUGCAGACGAACAGCCAGGUGGGCAAGAUCCACAUCAGUGAGAUAUGCUCCAAACAUCUCGAGAAGUUCAACUUCCUCACGACAUUUCGGGGAAAGUUGCAGAUUAAGGGCAAGGGCGAGAUGAACACGUACUGGCUGGAGGGAAGGAAGGAGAGUGCCAAGUCCUCGUGGAAGUGAUGGAGGAAGAGCCUUUCCAGGUGCCUCAUCCCCGAGGGCGUCCCGGAGAGGUAUUCCCCUUCAGCGGGCGUUGACGGAGGGGCGGCGGCAGGGGCGGCGGCGGGGGCGGCGGCGGCGACGGCGGUGGCGGGAUUCUGUCGUCCGUGAGAGGUUUCGGGUCGCUGGUGGAAAGG